UAAAAACUUUAAUCGUUUGACAGCCCUAAUAUAUAUAUAUAUAUAUAUAUAUAUAUAUAUAUAUAUUUUUUUUUUAAAAGUCAUUUAGCUCACUGGCUGCCAUUGACAGCGCUAGACGUUCAAUCAUUAAUUAUCAAUUAUAUUAUUUUGGGCCAUGACCAGUGUUCAACCAGGGAUCAACAACUGACGCAUUGACCUGGUCCAGUCGUUUUUUUGUGUGUGUGUGUUUUUUUUUAACCUGUCCUGUUCAGCUGCUUGACACAGAGAAUGGAAAUCUGAGUGUCAGAUUGGUCUGAACCAGGGGUCGCGUUAACCGAAUAUUUUCCGUCAUUGACCGAUUUUUUAAAACGGUGACGGAAAAAAACUGAAGUCCAUCAGUCAUUUUGACAGGUUGCAAUUCACACCCCAGACCACAGGGUGGCGAGUGAGCAUAUUAAUUAGCUCUUGUCUCUCUUGAUGCAUGACGUCGUUGGCCUCACUCUGAAAAAUGUCAAGGCAACUGAGUGUCCGAAGUUUCUUCAAAAAGCCCCAAAACGACGAUGGUGUUGAUAAAAGAGGUGAAAAAAGAGGGACUGCACAAGCGGGCACGCAAUUCAAGUCCAUGCGCACCAGGAGGAAAGUGUGAGACUGCGUUCAGGCCACAGCAGGUGAACUGUUAAUUUCAUUGUUCCAUAUGUAACCUCAUCUGCUUGAUGUGUGAUGAUGGCACGGUGUGGAUUCUCUGUUAAGCUUGUUCGGACAGAAUAUUAAUUUAAAAUGAAUGAAAACUAAAUACUAUUGAAUAUGUUGAAGCGGUAAGCAAUGUUAAGAGUUUUGUUAGCUCGAAUUGCUGUGUCCAGCCGCUGUAGCUCUGCUGCUCUCUGUGAACUCUCUAUUCAAGUCGGAACGCGCGCGGCUCUUAAGUGUCUCUGUCACGUGACUGUGUCGUAGCCGGUAACGCGCUCGGCCAAAUGGACACACAAGUACGGAAGGUGAAUUAUGCCAAACAAAGGGUCACCAUAAUGUCAUUAUCAUCAUUUUAAAAAUUUAAGUGACGGGUAAAAAUAGAUUAUGACCGGAUUUUUAUUACCCUGUCAGUCAAAAUGACAGACAACGAAAAAGUCUAGCGCAACCUCUGGUCUGAACAGUGUUUAAUGUAUCACAUGGGAGUAUGGCAUACUCCCAUUGUGAUUAUUCAACAUGCCUUGUUUAGUAGUAGAAAGCAGUGAACAGGAAGGAGUUAUGGGAGGAAGACGGAAAGAAGGAGAGAGAGACAUAAGAGCCCAGCAAGGGGGCUGCUGUCAUCCCCACGGGAUCCAGCGUGGUUCCCCAGGCCAUCCGCGCCCCCAUCAACAGGCCUUCAGGGUUGGGAGGAGGGGGCACGCCACCACCCCAGCACACCCACCCGGUCCACGAGCCACCGUCACAGCCCCCAACCGGCACGGCACACCGCGGGGAUGCCCAGCAGCAGCAGGGCAGGAUCCACAACCGGAGCAGGCAAUACCCAGCCGACCCGCCGGCAACCAGCCAGCGACCCGCGCUGGAGAGCAGGGAGGACGCCCAGGUAGAAAAGAGGGGGGAAGGCGGAAGCAGGAGAGCGCCGAGAUUGGAGCCCUGACCUCUCCCACCCCCGCGGCCGGCAGCCCAGGCAGAGAGGAGACCACGCCCCAGGAGCCACGUCAUAGAAAAAGUGUGGGACCCACGUACCGCCCUAUUACUGUGGCUGCCAGACCUUUGCAGUAGUCCGCUGGGUCCUCCUGCUCCUCAUCAUCAGAGCCCAGGAUCUCCUCCUCCGGCUCCGGGGGCCCCGCUGGCUCAGGGGGAGGCGGAGGGGGCGGCGGGGGAGGAGGAACACUCGCCGAGGCUUUCUGCUGCGUCUCAGGCCUGCCGAUGACAAAAGAGCAGACAAUAGAAAUGAUUGCCUCAAGUGUUUUCUGGUCUUUGUGGCUGUGACGCACACCAAGAGUGUGACUCAGAUUUGAUAAUAACUUGUGAUAUGUUAUAAGUACUUUUUGAAUGUCAGCCGUUGUAGGGAGUGUGGAGGACAAGUGGGAUCCCAACCUCAUAGAAAAACCCCAGGAAGCAAAGAAAUUACAGUCUCUGCUUGUUGGUGGUCAAAAUGCCAAAAAUAAAAAACAACUUGUCGCAAUCAGCCAUCGUUGCUGUUUACACUCGCUUCGAACGCUUUGAGAUCGCGAUUGGUACCAUCUGCGUGGACUUCCCACCUUCCUUGAAUGCAGCAUAUGUGCGUAGAUAGGAGUGACGUUACAAAAUGGCUACGCUCGUAAGCGGUGCCAUUUUUUGGUUAAAAUUUAUUUUCUCUAUUAAUCAGAGGUCUGAGGAAUUCACCAUUUGCGUACUUAG